CCUCUGUAUACCAGCGCCUCUUAAAGCAGCGCUACAAUGGCAGAGCUACGGGCUCUGUGGCUCCUGCAAGCAGUUGUACUGACUUGCAUGAUUUGCCAGAAUCAUAUUCAAGGAACUCCGGCGUUUUCUAUAAGCGAAUACCAGAAGAUCAACUACCUGCUCGACACGCCGUAUUUGGGUACCAGGUUCUCGCUUCCUACCAACCUGACCACCGUCUCCUACUGCCUUCACUUCAAGAUGCUCUUCCUGCAAGACGAGUCCUGCAACUUCUUCCUUAUCAACCCUCUGAGUCUCGUCAUGUUCGGUUCUCAGGAUUUGUACUUCAGCGAGGGGUACACAUUGUUCUCCACGGUGCUGGAGUAUAAGGUGCCCAUACGCGAGUGGGUGCACUUGUGCAUAUCAGUUUAUGGUGACAAUAAAGUCUACAUAAACGGGGUGGAAAAACGUACGAGUGUGAUCACCGGUUCAUCAAGUCAGAUGCAGAAGUUACAGGAAUACACGCUUUCGUUCGGGUCCAAUUAUGAAGUAAAAUCAUCCAUCGCUGACCAGGAUUUUGGAGCACGCAUUGCCGACCUUGUCGUGCUGCCAAGGAAAAUUUCCCAAGAGGAGGUCACGGCACUUGCCCAGUGCCAGGUUCCCCCCGCGGAUAACGUCGUGGCAGGAUUGGCGUGGCAGGAAAUGCGAUAUUUGCGCGACAAUAACGUGAUUUUGACCCGCGAUGUGAAGCUGGACCCAGCGAUCCCCCUCAGCCCGUGGGCGCUGCUCAACUCUUCCUAUAGCCGCCCACCUUCACUUCCCAAACCUGCCGUGGGAGUGUUGGACCUAAACCCAUGCGCCGCCCUCACCACCGUACUGCGCUACCUGGGCACAGGUGGCUUCACUUACGACGAGGCUGCCAGCUGGUGCAAGAAGUUCGCAGGCGUUUUACCAUCUGCAAACCACACCGAAAUAAAAAGCAUGAAGAAAGCGCUGACUGCGUUGCGAUCUGAUGUGGCCUUUUGGGUGCAAGGAAAGUCCCGGAACAACACGUGUUCCGCGUCCAUUUAUUACGAUUUGAGCAACGAGACGCGCAUAGAAGUGGACUGCGACAGUAAAAUGAAAAAGAUGCUGGUGUGCCAGAUUCCAGAGAACGCAUCCUUCACUGUGCUUGGUGAAGGAAUGGACUCUUUUGACAAGUUUUACUUGGAUAGAGACGGAUUCCAGAGCAUGUACCGCACUCGGUACAGGGAUUCCAUCGCCCUGAACAGCGAGAACACCGAGUAUCAGAUCACCAAGGCCGGAAAAAUACUGUUCUCAGCUGACAAACAAGCCCUGGAUGUUCCCAUAGGAAAGUUUUGGCGCGGCGCGGCAGACGGUCCAGGGGAUGAACAGGAAACUGUCAUCUCAGCCUGCGCAGUGGAAGAGUUCACGUGCAACGACGGCUCUUGCAUGCCCCUGACGCAGCACUGCGACGGGCUGCAGCAGUGCCCCGACUUCGAGGACGAGGAGUGCAGUCAGAACAGCUACCUCGCACAGAACUAUGAUAACACGCGCGCUAGUAACACCAGUCUCCCUAUCAAACUUAAUAUCAGAAUCAAAUCUAUUUCUGACGUGGAUAUUUCUAACGGCCGUCUCAAGCUCAAAAUUGAAGUUAAAACUUCUUGGAAAGACGGAAGGAUUGAAUUCGUCCAACUUCAGGAAGAAUUGGAGAGGAACGUCAUUUCAGAAGACAUAUGGUACCCGAAAUACCACUUCGAAACUUUGGUGUUUGAGGACGAAAGGGAUUACUAUCAGGGAAACAACAGCAUCUCGAAGCUCCUGGCAGCACGAGGCAAUGCUACGGCCAUCAAGACCUACAAGACCCAGAGAAAGCGCCUGUACGAAGCCGAGGUGGUCCACAUGGAGCUCACUUCCUUCACUCUGCUCUGCGACUUCGACCUGACGAUCUACCCUUUUGGGGUGCAUCCCUGCAUGUACAACAUCACCCUGGAUGACCAGAGUGACAAUGAUCCGUACUUCAACGUGUCCGCAAUGCAACUGGCGCUGAAAGAGCAGAGGAUGUCACUUUUCAUGGUGCGGUACAGUUGCUUCCAGGUACCAAGCAACUCAACGCCGCGCACCAUCACCGUUACCUUGUCGCUUAACAACACUUGUCAACUUCAAGCUCCAGUUCACUUACCAAACUGA